CGAACAAGCCCCUAUCGUAAUCAUCAUCAAGAGCUAACUUCGUGCACCAUUAUUUUGAUGACGGAAUCAUCGAACAGCUGAUCUCACGAUCGCGUCAAAACAAAACGGGCAACACAAAACAAAACAAAAAAUCUUUUGGUCCGCCCUCGCACGCACGCAUAAGUAACUCGAAAUAAUCGGAUUUAUUGUUUGCUGUAGCAUUUUGUUUAUAACAAGAUAGUAGUAAUUCGUGUUAUCAGCUGAUGUAUAAUGCAGUCUGCUCAGUGUUAAAUUAUCCGGGAAGUUCGUACAGUGCGUUCUACUUGAUGCUGCUUCCGAAGACUCCGUUUCCAUUGUGUGAUUUUCCUGUGCAAUUUAAUUUUGUUGAGUGAUUCUGGAUCAAAGUGAUGAAACCCUAAUUUUGUGCAGACAUCAGAUUGUGUGAAUCCUGUGUAGUUUUUCAUCAGAGCUGUGGAUAGGAAAUACCGACCUAGUAAUGCCUCCCGAGAAGGAUAUCAUCUUGAAAACGUGGGAGAAAUUGGACGAUGACGUUAUCAUCAAGGAAGUGGCCACCAAGGGCAAGCACGUCAAUCUUUGCAUUGCCUUUUUGGCCCAGCGAAACGAAUUGUCCCACAACGAGGCGACCAACUACUUUCUACAGAAGGUCAACGCGUACGUCUACCGGUUGCUGUCGAACCGUCAGCUCUUCAAGGCGGAACACAUCCUGACCAACAUCGAUCGCGUUCCCAAGUAUGUGUUCUACCAGAUCGCGGCGGAAACCAGUGAUCUCAGUUUGAGGGACUUUAUACGGGACCAUUUGGACAAAACGCUCGAGCAGUGCUCCGGUCUCGGUGGUGGUUCAAGCCGGCCCAUCGAAACCGGCGAAGACUAUAGUGAAGGUCGGUUGAUCGAAGCCAACUGGAGAGUGUACUCCCUGCUGAAGGCCAACGUGCGCCAGUUGGCGGGGCUGCUGCAGCAGUUGGACAGUGAAUACAGUGUGCUAGAGGUGGAAACCAUGUCAUUCAAUACGUUCUACACCAAGGAUGAGGUGUACCGGAACGCCGUGGCGUUGGACUUGUUUUUCAAGAAUCAAGAAACGGAAAUCUCCCCGCUGCUGGACAAGCAUGCCGUUUGGAACUAUCUGCUACGGAACAACAUAGACAACCUGGUCAAAAUAUGGAUUCAGAUCAAUGCGUGCAUCCGAUGGUCUCCGGAACUGGCCAAGGACGCCACACUGAGUACCAAGCAGUUGUCCCACAUCAAGAUCGACAUCUACGACGAUCCGAGGUUCAACGAACGACUGCGGCAGCUGUUCCAGCGUUGGGAAAUCAACGACUUCAUGGUGUCGCAGCUUUCGAAUCAACGAAGCAUGUGCCGAAACGAGGUAUUGCUGAAUGCGCUGGCAACGUGUGGGAAGUUUGUAGACCAUGAGCGGUCAGACCCGCAGUUAGUUCUUAGGAGACUGUUUACUACGCAGACUUUGUCUGCGAAUAUGGAAUUGUUGCGGGCAAAAGAGUUUCAGGAGGCUUUGACCAAAUACUUGGUUGAGAAUAAAUUGUUCCAACUGUUCGAUCUGAGUAUGAUCAAUGAAGAAUGUCUCCAAAAGAUGAGUACGGAUGCAAACUGUGAUAGUAGGAGAGAGGUGGAGUUGUAUUUGUGUUUGAAAGGACUGAACAACAGUGAUAUUAAUAAUGAUAGUGUUCUAAAAAUGUCCCGCAAAGUUUCGGAGUAUUUGAGCAACGCUGAGCAAAGUUUUUACGAUGUAUACCCCGCCGUUUUUCUAUUCGAAUAUUUUCUGGACCCUGAAAAUGAAACAUUCCCCGAUGACGAUCAAAGAUUGUGGAAGCUGCCUCACCUGCGCAGUUUUAUGAACAGGUUAAAACACAAUCCAGUGUCGUCGAUAUCGACCAAAGAAUUGCUAGCAUUGCAUGAUCUGCCUUGCCUGGAAACGGUACGGAGCAAUCUGUUCAAGAAUCGUGACGAAGAUGAGAACGAUCAAGACGAAAUGCAUGCCAAACAGGCCGUCCUCAAAGAACAUGGUCUUAUCCCUCACUUCAACCAUCCGAUACUUUGCGAAAAGUACGGAACACCAGUCAAUCUGAACUAUCUGCACUAUAUUCAGCAAUAUCGCUCGUGCUACGCCCUCUACCUAUUCUACCUUGAUCAACUGCGGUGUUACUCGAGGAUAACACCCCCUCAGAUCAACCUAGCAGCGCGAUCGGCCGCCGAAGUGGCCGUGGAACACUACCAGGACUCCAACCUGGUCGCGCACUGCAUCGCAUUCAUCGAAAUGCUUGGCGUGGAUAGUGCCAAAACACGGGCAUACGUGCGAUGCCUGAACAUGAUCCCGAAAACGAACGACUCGCUCAAACUGUCCACGCUGGAACUGCUCGAUCGUUGCGAGGCGGUUAUUGUUGGCAAAAGCUGGGACGAUCCGGAAAUUCUACUGGACGUGGAAGCGAUCAUUACGGUGUGUCGUUGCAGUGCCCUCAAAUAUCCGGAGCGAUUUCUCCUGCGGUUGCUGGCGGACAACAAUUGGUUCCGGUUUCUGUUGCUGGUGGAAUAUCUGGAUUAUCCUGCUGAACAGGUGCUGGAGUUAUGUAGAACGGGAUUUGGUGAUGUAAAUAUCGGAACAAAUGUCAUGAGGGCGAUCAAGUACUACGUCGAAACGGUGCAACAGCGACGGAGCUCUUCGCCAACGUUACUGCGGAGGAAGUCAUCCCGGAGAAGAAGAAAGGUGAGCAACGGCACUGCCCCAAUCGAGAGUCAUUCGAGCGUAUCGAGUGAAAGUGACAUCCAAUCCGGACGACAGCUACAGCACAUCCCAGGUGACUACGGUGGUGCGCAGUUCCUGUGCGAACAGUACAACCAUGACCUGUUUGCCACGGUACUGUUGUGCUCGAAUGAGACCAGUAGCUGCGCUAGAAGUAGCAGCCACGAAGCGGUGUUUGACCACGAGAACUUCAAACAAUUGGUCUUGGGACAGGGUGGAUUGAGUGUUGCAAAUACUUUCGUAAAGCUGUUGGAACGCGCCGUUCAACGUAAAUGGCCCCUGCUAGCCGUGUUGGCCGGUAUGACCGCGGAAGCGAAUCUCAAAUACUGCUGGAUCACUUGGUUGAUGAUGUCGGUUGAAUAUCCGUAUCAGGACAGGAUAGAAACCUUGUCGGAAAAUGUUCUGGUGUCGGACCUUGUUGUGUACUGCGUAGAAACAGGUUUCGUAAACACGUUGGAAACUAGCAUUGAACUGUUCUUCCCGGAGUCUAAUUUCAACGUUCUGGUGAAAUUUUUGACCGAAACGUAUGCAUUGAACUUCUCGGAAGCUACAACCGAGAUGUUGAAGAAAUUUUUGCACAUCGCUUCAAAAUGUCCAAUACUGCAGUUAGAGAAGCUUGAGCUGAUCAACUUUACCGCCAAAUUGUUAAUCCUACACCUCGAUCACAACUUUGAGUCGUUCUACUAUCAAAUUCAGCUUCUGGAAACCCUAGUCGCUUCGGACAUCAACUACUUUACUCAUAAAGUCGAUUUCACCACGUUGCUCCGAAUUGCCCAAAUCAUUCAGUGUUCUACGGUGAGGAUCGAUUUUAUCAAAUUCUACGAUCGUCCUCUCAACCUACAAAAAGAGCUAGACGACCUGUGCGGACGCCUUGUCGAUGGCAGGUUCUACAAAGCUGCCGUUGAGAUCGCUGAUCUGUCCGAACUUCCAAAAGAAAGGAUCAUCUUCGAACACUGGGUCAAUGAAUUUGAUCUUCGCGGAACUUGUGAUUUUGAUCAAUACCAGACCGACUUGAACCGGUACGGUUUCGGCGCCGAGGUCCUACUUAACUUCUACAUUCACAUUGCGAACCGUUUGGAAGACAGUGAUCCCCAGAGGUAUGCGCUGCUGAAGAAAACGCUGGAUCUGAUCAACGAUCGCGGAUUGUACCCGAGUGAAGUAUACGAUCGCGAUCGAUUGGAGUUCGAGUUGGCGGUGGCUUACGUUCGAUGCCGUCAAGAUCCGUCCACGCUGGAGCUGUAUCAUUCGCAUUUCUUCAACACCGCAUUCAAGCGUGAUCGCGGCGUUCUGUACCACACGUUUUUGGAGCUGAAAGAAGUGGCCGGAAUCAACGAUCUGACCAUAUCGAGCCUUAAGCUGAUCGAUCCGAAUGAAGUAGCGCAACUGGACAAUCUCAUCAACCGACUGCUAGAGAAGGGAGACAUCGUGCAAGCACUUCGGUACCAGGCGAUCUUCGACCAACGACCGAACGAUCUACACUUCAUCGUAUUCUGUAUGGCCUUGGCCGAGUCCUUGGUCAGUCUGUACAAUCUUACCAAAGAGGAACGACUUAUGUUGAACGAGGAUUUCAAGCGAGCGUCGAAUCGUUUCCAGCGUCGAACGCUACGAACCAGUAGGAUCAGUGCAAGCUCGGCCAACAACUCGUGGAUCAACUCGCCGAUGAGGGUCAAUGCGAACGAUUCGUCCGAUACGAGCGCCGGGGCGUCUGAGUUCGAGGAGGUGCCCUCCCGGGAGAAGCAGGACAUCUAUGAAGCGAUCAAUGGCCUGGGCGUCCAAAUCCAGUACGGCCAGGAAAUUGCCAAGCGAAUCGUGCUCACCUACCGGGUCGCCAUGUACCUGGACAAAGAGUACAACGAAAUCCUGAAAAUCCGCGAUCCGAUCGGUUUCCUAGCGGAGGUCAUCCAAGAGGACUGCAUUCACAAACUGGAGGUCAUCAGCGACGUGAUGACCUCGCACAAGCUGCGCGACGAGGUGGUGUCGGAGUUUCUGUCCAGAGAAAUAGCAACGGCCGUGGUAAGUUCCAAGUUCUACCUGCUGCAGCAGGGGUCACCACCGGUCAUCAGUACGAAACCGGUGGAAGAACUCCUGUGGGGUUACAACAUCGAUCAGGAGUUCCACUUGUUCUUAGAACUGGCUCCCAAUACAACUAUGUUGGGAAAUUGCUUGCUGAGGUAUUGCGACGCCAUCAAACAGUAUAGACGCCUGGAGAAAUCUCCGGAACUUGGGAGGUCAGAAUCGGAAGAUUCAGGGUCAGGUAAAGGCGAUCGAGAACUUCUGGAAAAACUGCGAACGAUCUUCAGGGGGCAAGUUCUGUCGCUCAAGAAGCAGAACACGAUCAUAGUUGCGCUACUGAUCAAAGCUCACGACUGCUUCGUCCACGAAUGUUCCGUCGAGGGCAUCGUUGAAGUACUGCAACGCUGUAAGGCGCUGAACUCCGUUCUGACCGCUGCGAAAUCGUGGAAUUUGAUUGUGAAACUUCUCGUCGGAAUCGGACGCUACCGGGAAAUGUACUAUUGUUUCGAAACGCUGAUCAAGCACGAUCAGUUUGAGUCUCUGCUUGGGCAGUUCGACGAGAAGCAUUCCAACGGCCUUAAAACUGCCAUCAUUUCGUUCCUGAACGAACACUGCCCGGAACAGAAGGAGUUCUUCCGCUUGGCCGCACUGCACUUUCUUAUGUACAAAGAGAUAGCGGAAAUGUGGGAAACCGAGGCCAAAUCCGCGAUCGCCAAGGUUUUAUCUACGUAUGAGAAGCCCUCCACGGUGGCUGGUGGAAGUCCUAAGGCUGGAAUACUUCGCCUUUCGUGUACCCCACUCGUAGUAUCGGAACUGAACGGAGCCAUGGAAUCGUACAUGCACGCGGCCGAAAACUACCUGCUCGACAAUAAGAUGAAUCUGGCGCAGAGGACGGCAUCCAACGCUGAGCUGGUGGCCCUGCAGAUAUCUUUGGUGAAUCAGGUUUUGGCGGAGAAGACUGGACCAGGCGCGGUGGAUCAUCAAUCCUGCUACUCGGUGCUCAACAUCAAGGAUCCGGAGCUGUUCGUGUACAGUGCUCUGAGUGUCCCCCAGGCGCUAAUCGUUGCCCGGACGUAUGAUUGCGAAGUGAACUGGACCACGGCCCUCUACCAGCACUACAUUGUCAAUGGUGAACUCAACUAUCUGGAAGACUACCUGGACCGCCUACCGCUGACAGACGAAAUGAUCGAAGCGCUGGUCAAAAAGUUCCAGCAGGAACCACGGGUGACGCCGGAAAUGGAACGGGCCAUCGCCGGACUGGUGGAUUUGGUAGAAUCCGUCACGCUCAAGUAUCGACUGGCUUCGCUGCUGGGACUGAAGCGGACGAUCAAUGACCUGAUCAACCAGAACAGUUUCUACUAUCUGAAGGAUUGCGAUUAUGGGCGGGGAGAGCACACUGUGGGUGGUAGCUGAAAUAGUUUAGAUUCGAGGUCGAUGUUUGUGUUUAUUUUUGAUUGUUUUAUAGAUACGAGUAUUAUUAAAUAUGUUGUUUUAUACAAGUAAGGUGUACGCGUUCAUUCAUCCUUUGUAUUUAUUUUAAUUUGUCAUAGUCAAAAUUAUAACUUAGGUUAAAUUGUAACUGUAUAAUUGAUUGUAUAUAAUCUUGAAUAGUAAUAAAGGUUUGUUAAAGAAAAAUUACA